AAGAAUUUUGUAUGAUUUAUACUAUAUAUAUAUAUAUGUAUGUGUAUAUAUAUAUGUGUAUAUCAACGAAAUAUCAUUUGCAGGUUAAGCAUUUUGAACAAAAUUGGUUUAUAGGUGAUCUAUUCUAACAUAUAGACAAACAAGAAAUUAACAAAAAGUUACUUAAAAAUACAACGACGUAGAUGUUUAAAAAUAUUGCGAAGAAUGCGGGAUACGAGCAGAUACGAGUUUCGUCAUUCGACCAUUACGUGUCUCAAUGUCUUUAUGCAAAAUAUGAAUUAUGGGAAAUUAUCCAAGGAUAUAGCAAAAUUAAUCAAAACGCGUAUAUUUUCUGUUGAAAAGAUUUAAAGUGAUUGUAAAGUGAAGGAGAUUUCUAUUUUUCUUUAAAGUCAAUCUUAGUUCACAAUAAUUCAGUGAAAAAACAACAUAUUUAGUGCAAGAGGUUAUACUUUCUUAUUGUAUGGUUCCAUCUAUUAAAAUUAAUAAAUGGUAUCGUGUAUAGGAAGUUACACAAAAUCUAUUUUAUCUACCAGUAAAUUUAUUUCCUUUUUUAAAGGAAGAUCAUAUACAAUCAUGGUAAAGUACUUGAAGCAACAGGAAAGCAUUAACAUAGACAAAGAUUUGUUUGAAAAAUAUAAAUUCAGCGUCGACCAAUUGAUGGAACUUGCUGGUCAGAGUUGUGCUUUUGCCAUUGCUUGUACUUAUACUGCAUUCAAAAGUCCUACGCAAAAAAUUUUGGUCUGUUGUGGACCAGGGAAUAAUGGUGGAGAUGGACUUGUUUGCGCAAGACAUUUAAAACAGUUUGGAUAUUAUCCUGAAAUUUAUUAUCCUAAAAGAACAAGUAACACUUUGUAUGAAAAUCUGUUACACCAAUGCGUUGAAAAUGAUAUUCCCUUGUUGGAAAAUGAUUUAGAAGACUUCACUUCAAAUCGUCUCCAUGAGUUUGGUUUAAUAGUAGAUGCUUUAUUUGGAUUCAGUUUUAAGCCACCUGUGAGAGGAACAUUCAUUCCAAUUAUUCAUUUACUAGAAACUACAAAUAUGCCUAUUUGUAGUAUAGAUAUACCAUCAGGUUGGGAUGUCGAAGAUGGUCCACCCAAAAAAGGAGGCAUAAAACCAGAAAUGCUAGUAUCAUUGACAGCACCAAAAAUGUGUGCUCAGAAAUUCAAAGGAAAAUAUCAUUACUUAGGUGGCCGAUUUGUACCCAAAAAAUUGGAAAUUGAAUAUAAUCUGAAUCUACCUGAAUAUUCAGGAACUGAUUUAAUUGUUAAUUUAUCCUAAAUUUUGAUGCAAAAUCAAUUAAAUUAUUCCUUGUUAUAAAAUAUUUUUCCAAUCUUUAUUACAUAAUAUGUGUAUUACAAUUAAUAAAUAAAAUUUUCACAAUUAUUUAAGGAAAAUCAAAAUAUAAAUUUUGUAUAUGCAUCUAAUUUCCUAUGGAGAAACAUUGUAUACAUGAUUUUUAAUAAAGUACAUAGUUUAUAAGUUUGUCACUUUUUAUAGAUUUGUGCAACUUUUGUAAUCAACUAAAUUUAUUUGAUUGAUA